AUGGUUAAGAAAGACGACGAAAUUAGUGUUUCCUCGGAAACCAAGGGGCCUUUGAAAAGCUUCCAAGCAUUGAUGGGCGAAGGUGAAAAGUUUUCUCGAGAUAAACUUUAUAUUAAAGCUAUUCAAUCUUACACCGAGGCACUUGAUCUUUUGCCACAAGAUGAUGAUAAAUCGACUGCGAAAGAUAUUAAUGAUCGAUUGAACGGUUUAGUAGCUCGAUCAGCGUGUUAUCUGAAGAUUGGCAAGAAUAACUUGGCAUUACAAGAUGCCGAAGAAUCGUUGAAAAGCAAUAAAGAAUUUACCAGAGGUUUGUAUCAGAAAGCAGAGGCGCUGUACGCGAUGGGUGAAUUCGAAUUAGCAUUGAUGUUUUAUCAUCGUGGUAAAAAACUUCGAUCCGAUUUACGAGAAUUUCAAUUGGGCAUCAACAAAGCACAAGAAGCAAUUGAUAACUCCGUCGGAGAUCCAAACCGUGUGAAACUUGAAGCUAGUGGUGAUUUGUCGAUUUUCUACAAGAACGACGAGGUAAAUUAUUCAAUUAGAUAUGACCGUAUCUUUUCACAUUUGCAUGAUAUUUCACAGGAUGAAGCGAAAAAGAAAAAGAAACAGCCAAUUGGUUAUGUCCGAGCAUCACAGAAGAAAGAUACGACUGUUCAACGAAAACCACAUCCACCGCCAGCGAAUCCGCGAACAACAAAACACCUCUUAGGUGAUUUAUACGAAGAUCGUGUUUUUCUCGAUAAAAUUAUCAAUAACACAACCGUAACAAAACCAAAUACGAGAUCUGGUGAUGCCAUUUACCAGCUAGCAUCGGAUGGUAUCGAUUAUUUGGAUGGUCGAACACAUUUCUGGCGUCAACAAGAACCACUCUAUGCUCGUAAAUCGCUCAAAAAAGCAGACAACAAUGAUGAAACCUACAAAUAUGUUCAUCGUGAACUUGAAGCAAUUGAUGAAUUACAAAACAUGGACCAAUUUGUUGAUGCUCGCCGUCGUGCACAACGUCUACUUGAAUUCUGCGAGCGCUUAGAUGAACGCAAAUUUCCCGAAAAACAACCAGUCAUUGCCGAUGUUUAUUCACGUCUAGGCAAUGCCUACUUAGAAUUAGGCGAUUAUAACAAAGCAUUAGAUUACCAUUUCCGAGAUCUCACAUAUGCCGAAUCGAAACACGAUACCGAUCGAUCAUCACGAGCAUUGGAUAAUUUGGGACGUGUCUAUGCUCGUAGUGGACAAUUCGCACAAGCUAUUCAAGUUUGGGAACGAAAGAUACCAUUAGCAUCAUCUCCGUUAGAGAAAGCAUGGCUAUUUCAUGAAAUCGGCCAAUGUCAUUUUGGACUUGGUGAUUAUGAACGUGCGAAACGAUAUGGUGAACGAUCUUAUGUUGAAGCUGUUGCCGCCAAUGAUCCAAUUUGGCAAUUGAAUGCUAAAGUUCUUGUUGCACACAGUGAAACCAAACUACGACAAUAUCGUGACGCGGAGAAAACAUUUGAAGAAGCUUUGGAACUUGCACGGAAUCAACACGACAUGGCUGCUGAAAGAGCUAUCGAACGUGCAUUGAAAGAUGUUCGAGAUCAAAUCGCUAAAGGCGCUGCUGACUCUCCACCUGAUCGUGCAGAAACAAUGUAUGACAUCAAAGUUAAUAGUGAUGAACCCAUCGAAUAUGCUGAUGAUAAGGAAAGUUUGAUCAAACUAACCAUCUUUGGAGACAAUGGAAGCUCAGGUUCAAUUGACCUACGUGGUAAUGAAAAUGAUCCAAAGAAAUACGAUGGAUAUACAACAACAUUGAAAAAGAAAGCGUACGAUGCCGGAAAAUUAACGAAAUUAGCAUUGACAUGUACAAAGAUCGGAUCAUGGCCGCUUGAUUCAAUUGAAAUCUCAGAUAGUAAACGAAAAACUAAACAAAAAUUCUUAUUGGCUGAUUCGAUUGAAUCAACAACAACUGUUAUCGACUUGUUUCCUGAAGGAUCAAUCGUCGAAUUUCCAUUCGAUACGCGAAAGAAUAAUAAGAAAGGUAAACCAAAACCAGUUCAAAGUGGAAGACAACUUUCUGCAGCACGACAAGACGACUCGCCAAAACCAGUUCAAUACACAGUCACAACUAAAACUGGCUCAGCUUUGGGAUCUGGCACUGAUGCCAAUGUAUUCAUUACUCUCAAUGGUGAUAAGGACAAAAUUGAUCGACAUCGAUUGGGAACACCAGAAUCAAACCGAAAUCCAUUCGAAAAAGGCUCAAAAGAUGACUUCAAAUUCGAAGAUACCGAUGUUGGCAAAUUGAAAACUAUUGUUAUCGAACAUGACAAUUCGGGUGCGGCAUCCGGUUGGUUCUUAGAUUCAGUUGAAGUCAAAUACAAUGGCAAUACUUACAAAUUUCCUGUCGGACGUUGGCUCGAUUCAGAUGAAGGAGACAAACGUAUUAGUCUCGAACUUGAACCGAACAAGAAACCUGCAUCAAAGAUCGCCUCAGAUGAUUCCCAUGCACCGAAUGCUGUCGAUUAUGAAGUCACUGUGAAAACAGGCGAUAAACGAGGAGCAGGAACUGAUGCAAAUGUCUAUUUGAGUAUGUUUGGCGAUAAGACCAACUCAGAACGUCAUGAGCUGAAAGAAACCAUGGAUCGUACCAUAAAUCGAUUUGAAAAAGGCGCAACAAAUCGCUUCAAAAUUCAAGGAGCUGAUGUUGGAAAGAUUAAAACUAUUCGUAUUGAACACGAUGGUACUGGAAUCGGUGCAGGUUGGUAUCUCGAUUCCAUCGAAAUUCAUCAUGUUUCACGCAAUGAAACUUACGUAUUUCCUGUUGAUCGUUGGCUGGAUACAGGCGAAGGUGAUAAACGAAUUUCACUCGAUCUCGAACCAGACAAAAAACCUGGACAAGCUAAAGAUAGCAAAACUCCUGAUCCUAAAGCUUCUGAAACAUCAAGCACAACAGACGCAAGCAAAAAGACGGCGAAACCCGACGAUCAAUCAACGUCGAAAAAAACAACUCAAUACUUAGUCACCGUUAAAACUGGCUCAGCCAUGGGAUCUGGUACUGAUGCCAAUGUAUUCAUUACUCUCAAUGGUGAUAAACAACGAAUCGUUCGACGUCCAUUGGAAAAACCCGACUCUGGUCGAAAUCCAUUUGAAAGAAACUCCAAGGAUGACUUUAAAUUCGAGGAUACCGACGUUGGUCAAUUGAAAACCAUCGUUCUCGAACAUGAUAAUACAGGUCUCGCUUCUGGUUGGUAUUGUGAUUUUGUCGAAGUGAAAUACAAUGGCAACACUGUCAAAUUUCCUAUUGGACGUUGGCUCGAUUCAGAUGAAGGUGACAAACUUAUUAGUCUUGAACUUGAACCCAACAAGAAACCCUCGGCCAAUACGACAACAGAUGAUUCACACGCACCAGAUGCUGUUGACUACGAAGUAACAGUGAAAACAGCGAAGAAAAAAGGAGCAGGCACAGAUGCCAAUGUAUAUCUGGGCAUGUAUGGUGACAAGACCAAGACAGAACGACAUCAAUUGAAAGAAUCAAUAGAGAAAAGUCGAAAUCUUUUCGAAUCGGGCGCUACAAAUCGCUUUAAAAUACAUGCAGCAGAUGUUGGCAAAAUUAAAUCUAUUCGUAUUGAACAUGAUGGUACUGGAAUUGGUGCUGGUUGGUAUCCCGAUUCGAUCGAAAUUCGCCAUAUCUCGCAUAACGAAACCUACUUCUUCCCAAUUGACCGCUGGUUAGAUUCAGGUGAAGGUGACAAGAGAAUUUCAAUCGAUGUUGAUGCAUCUCAAAAGCCUGGGCAAUCCAGUGAAAGUAAAUCACCAGAUCCAGCCUCAACCAAAAAAGAACCAACUCCAGCUAAGAGUGAACCAGCUCCAGCUAAGAGUGAACCAGCUCCAAAAGCAACUACAACAACUCAAGCUCCUUCUGAUCCCAAUAAAAAAACUCAAUAUACAGUUACAACAAAAACAGGUUCCGCAUUGGGUGCAGGGACUGAUGCCAAUGUUUAUAUCACUCUCAACGGUGAUAAGAACAAGGUCGUUCGACAAUCACUGGAAAAACCUGAAGACAGUUGGAAUCCAUUUGAACGAAAUUCGAAAGAUAAUUUUGUUUUCAACGAAGUCGAUAUCGGCCAAUUGAAAACUAUCAUUAUUGAACAUGAUGGUACUGGUUCGGGCGCCGGAUGGUUUUGCGAUUUUGUCGAAGUGAAAUACAAUGGCAAUACUGUCAAAUUCCCUGUUGGACGAUGGCUUGAUGUAGAUGAAGGUGAUAAACGUAUCAGUCUCGAACUUGAACCCAAUAAGAAACCUCCAGCAAAAAUCAUAACCGAUACUUCGAAAGCUGGUAAUAAUGUCGAAUACGAAGUGACAGUGAAAACAGCGAAAAAGAGUGGAGCAGGAACAGAUGCAAAUGUUUACCUCGGCAUAUUUGGUGAACAAGGCAAAGUGGAAAGACAAGAAUUGAAAGAACCUAUAGAUAAAAGUCGAAAUCUAUUCGAAUCGGGAGCCACAAAUCGUUUUAAAGUUAACGCACCAGAUGUUGGAAAGAUCACAACUAUUCGACUCGAACACGAUGGUAGUGGAAUCGGUGCUGGUUGGUAUGUGGAUUCCGUUGAAGUUCGUCAUGUUUCGCAUAAUGAAACUUACAAAUUUCCUAUUGAUCGUUGGUUGGACGCUGGCGAGGGUGACAAACGAAUUUCACUUGAUCUUGAACCAAACAAAAAACCUGGACAACUGAAAUGUAAGAAUUAG